GAUAAGGUAGAAAUUAGAAUAGGAUAACAUGUGUGGCGUGGAGUGAGAGCAAAAUGUUAUGAAAAAAAAAAUCCCAAACAUAAUAAACCCAAACCCCCAAAACCCAGGCUAGAGCACGCUGAUUUUGCGAUUGAUUUGAUGGACCCGAUGAUCAUAAAAGGAGUGUUCAGGAGAUAUGAAAGAUGGAACCCAGUGCAUCCGACGGUGGGUGCGUUUUGGGGUAUGGGAAUAGGCAUUGGUUGUGGUGUUGGAUGGGGACCUGGGUUCGGCCCCGAUGUCGUUGGUUAUGUUGGAGCUGGCUGUGGGAUUGGUUUCAGUGUGGGUAUAACCCUUGCUGGUGUUGGCAUUGGUCUCCCUGCAAAUUCCUUCUUUCAACUUCCAUACCAUGCUUUUCAAAGAACCAGAACCCGGGCACUGGAUCUUGUCUCUACCAAAAUUACACCUGCUCUUGCCUCCUAUAGAAUUGCACCUCCUCACCUCUCCGACCUUCAAAGAGAAGCCACUACAAGACUCUCAACCAUGUUGCCUUCACAAACUAUCUCUAUUUGGGAAGGUGUAGAAAGAUUUAGCACCCGCUUUUUCCAUCCUCGCAAAGGUUUAAAAGAUUAGGUGCUUUAUAUACAUAACGUCAUGUGAAUGUGAGAGAUUGCAAAUUAUAUGAUGGAGAAAAUGGCAGUGCAUUUGGUAGGAUCAUGGCAGGCAGACCAUUUGCUUCUAGAUGAUAAUGCUAACGCGAGGAAGAUAGAAAGGAAUUGUUGCCUGGGGCCCAAGCCCAAGCCCAAGAUAAGAUUUUGUUUUCAUUUCUCUCCUUUUUCUUUUCAUUCCAGGCAGGAUUCGUAGUUUGGAGAGAUGAUUUCAUUUUAGUUUUCAAGGUAAAGAGUACUUUCAAGUUGUAAACUUAACCGUAAAUCAGGGUGUCCUACAGUGUUUUGAGGUUGCAACUAGCUAUGAAUCGGAUACAGUAAAGAAUAGUAGGCCAA